AUGUUUUCCACCAACCUCGUUGCCUUACACGUCCCAUGCGACGGGCCAGCACGCUGGACGCACGCUCCAGUUGUCCAUUUCAACAUGGAUGAUGGCAUGACCAUGGUAGUUUGGCGUCAAUUCUGGGAAGACAGGGCUGAGACAACCUCGGUGACCCUUCCAAACGGGCGCAAAUAUCUUGUCGUGACCCCCUAUGAUCGCGAAAGCUACCAAGUUUGUAACGCCGUCGAGCAGAGACUUGGCUUCACUUGGUGCGGGGAGUUGUUGGUGUUUGCCUGCUCCGUCAGCAACGGUUUGCUGGUCAACAUGCGGACCUGGAAAGAGGACAGGGAUCGCGCAUGGGAAGUCAUCAGACGGUUCAUCGUAGGAGACGUAGAUGGAGACAUGGAAGUCUCAGAAGGAUACAGUGAUCAUUUAAUCGAACUUGAUCCCCCCAGCAGCGAGUGGGAUGGGACUACAGACAACGAAGACAUGGUCGCUGAAAUGGACGAGCAGGACAGUGAAUCUGAUGGCACUCGUUCUUAA